CUACCGCCAUGUACUGCUGGAGUUAGGUCAAACGGAAAGCUUCAAGAGAGCCUCCCACGAUCACAUUCCCUGCGAGUCAAAUCCAGUGCAGUCCAAAGAACUAGCUUCUACUUUAAGACCUGCACGCUUCAGUCAAUCGAGCCCAAAAUACCUUUCCAUCACCAUGUCGCGCCGCAGCUCGGGCCGUCGCCUAUCCUCCCGUCGGCUUUCUGAGCAAAUGUGGGUUCUCAUCGACGCCGCGAUUCCUGAGCAGUUCCCCGGUGGGACCCGUCCGUCAGCUGCCAUUGUGAGGAGCGUGCACCCAACUGCAGCACGGCCUCCCUCUCUGCCUCGACCAUCGAGGGGGUUGGUAGAUCUUCCAACCGAGCUCGAGUAUCGCGAGCCUACCCUUCCAGAGGGAGGCGUAGGCGUAUGCGUACGGAUGAGGAAGCAAUCGAGGUACUGUAGAGGACGAACAUGUGUACGCAUCUUACGUAUGUCACCAUGUGACGUACGCACGUACGGACCUGCGGAGCGACAUACGACCGAGCGCGAAGUGUAUCGAGCAGAGCAUGUGAGGUUCGAACAAGAUCACACUGUGGUCUUCUCACUGCGUAGCAUCACAUGGCAUGCCCGUUCAUUCUAGGCCGUCGGAUCUCGAGAAUCCGCGGACGCGGAAGGGACUGCAGUCGGACGAGGGUAACGUGGUCGCCCUAGGCGUGGAUGUGCGCUCGCUCGCCUGAGGGGAGGAGGGGAGGGCGGGGCGGGGCGGGACGGACCGGGGCGGACGUCAUUCAUUCCACUCACUCAUUCUGCUUCGGCGGAGCGCGAAUCCCGAAUCCCCGAAUGUCGAAUCUCCUCCACCUUCCGAUGCAUCGAAUUUCACAUCCACUCCGGCGCCAAUUCCAUCCGUCCAUGGAUGAAUGACUGAAGGAGACUUUCCUUCCGUCCGCGGAGCUUUGAGCGCCUGUACGUCAACGUCUGCGCGGCCAUCGCUGCCGCGUCUAUAUAUUCCGGACAUCGCCAAGCAGCAACCAUUGAGUCUCUGUGUUCCGAAGAUUCUUGUGUCUGUUGUCGAGGGCACUCAUCCUCGAUUUCGACCCAAGUGCCUGCCUCCAAAUCUGCUUCCGGAGCCAUGCCUCCCUCCGGCUCGGACGUGGCCUACCUCGAGAGGAUUCUCAUGGGAAUGGGAAACCCCUUGCUCGACAUUGCGGCAGUCGUGGAUGAUGACUUUCUCGAAAGAUAUGACGUUAAGCUUAACAACGCUAUUCUUGCCGAGGAGAAACACAUCCCUAUGUAUAAAGAACUCGCCGAACUGCCGGACGUGAAAUUUAUAGCUGGAGGAGCAACUCAAAAUGCCAUCAGGGUUGCACAGUGGAUGCUUCAAGUUCCUGGAGCAACCAGCUACAUGGGAUGCAUUGGCAAGGACGAGUUUGGUCAGGAGAUGAUCAAGGCCUGUUCAGCUGAUGGUGUCAACGUGCACUACAUGGAGGACGAAGAGCACCCAACUGGCACCUGUGCCGUGUUGGUUUGCAGGGGAGAAAGGUCGUUGGUUGCAAAUCUCUCAGCAGCUAAUUGCUACAAGUCGGAGCAUCUGCUGGAGCCAACGAACUGGUUUGUAGCUGAGAGGGCCAAGUAUUUCUACAUCGCUGGCUUUUUCCUCACAGUCUCACCCGAGUCUGUACUCAUUCUUGCCAAGCAUUCUCUCACGGAGAAGAAGGUGUUUAUGAUGAAUCUCGCCGCUCCUUUCAUUUGCGAGUUUUUCACAAAGCCUCUUGUGGAAGCUUUAUUUUACUGUGACUAUCUCUUUGGAAACGAAACUGAAGCGCAAACUUUUGCCCGAGUUCAGGGUUGGGAGACGGAAGACUUGGGAGAGAUUGCUGUGAAAAUUUCACAACUACCACUUGCCGAAGGUAAACAGGAGCGGAUUGUUGUAAUCACUCAGGGAGGAGACCCGACCGUCGUUGCGCACGGUGGCAAGGCAACCUUCCACCCCGUGAAACCAAUUUCAAAGAAUGAGAUUGUUGACACCAAUGGUGCUGGGGACUCGUUUGUGGGAGGCUUCUUAUCACAGCUGGUGCAAGGAAAGGAUAUCGAACAAUGUAUUCGGGGAGCAAACUAUGCCGCCAACGUCGUCAUCCAACAUUCAAGUUGUACAUACCCAGCAAAGCCCAGUUUUGAGUAGGAACAUCAGUACCAGCUAUUCGUAUUUCACCGGUUGUUACAGCGUGAAUGACUUGCGCGACAAAUCAUUUUUUGUACCAACUCGCGAAAAUGGCGGGUGUGAGCUUCAGUUAGUAUACCCUGCUUGUCGCUCGGGGUUUGUUAAUAAAGACCAAAUCCUUCUGUUCAAGACAGCUAGUCCUCGUGGUUUGACGGAUUACAGUUGUGUACUACAUAAUCGUUAGUUCUGUGUGUGGUGUGUUCUUGGCUGAUUCUUCAGACUGUCAGUAUCGGAAGAACUAACUCUAAGAGGCGGC